AUGUCAAUUUUGCCCCCUAGGAGCCCGCGCGGAAAUUCAUGCCCCCAACUGAUCUUAACAUUCAAUAUAACAAGGGCGGAUCAGACCAGAAACGCAGGACCCGAAUCAAGCACAAUGCAGUCAAUUCGCCAGCACCGCGUUCUGCGCAGGAAGCUUCAACACCAAAUUGUUACAAAGCAUGAGAAGCCCAACAAUGUCUGGACUCACGAGGGCCGCUACGAGUACCGCGGAGGAGAGAUCCACACAAAACCUCGCGAGCCGAAUGAUGACCCGGCUGCCGCACGAAGGAGGGAGCAUGGCCAUCGCACUUUUAUAUCUGGGCCAUCCCUCAAUCCUCGCCAUUCAGUCCGAUCACAUAUAGAGCGGGAAGGGGAUAUCGAGGGCUCGGAGUACGACCCGGUACUCUCAACCGAUCCCCAUACCAUCAAUACACAAGAGACGCUGGGAAACACGCCUGAUAUUAUGGUGACUGGCGUUGAAAGACCCCGGCCGUGUGACAGUACGGGUAGUGAAACUGAUAUCGAGUCAUUGGAAAAGAACGAACUCAUUAUCGUCACAUUUGAAGGCGAGUGUGACAUGAUGGAUCCUCACAACUGGUCAUUCAAAUGUCGACUGUUUACGACUAUUCUCACUUCACUUACUGGAUGUGUGGUCUUCUGGUCAUCCACGAUCGAUUCCACUGCUCUCAUGACAACCAAGCAAUUUUAUCAUACCACCUUUGAGGUCGAGACUUUGCCUACUGCUAUGUUUCUGAUUGGUUGUGGAGUAGGCGCAUUGAUAACAGCACCUAUAUCAGAACUCUUCGGACGCAACCCCGUGUACAUUCCUACCAUCAUCGGGUUUAUUUUGUUCAACAUGGGCGCAGGGCUUUCCGAAACAGUGGUGCAGCGAGUCGUCUGCCGCGGUCUAGCUGGACUCUUCGGGUCUGCCCCGGCGAUUGUAUCAGCAGCAUCCCUGGUGGAUGUCUGGUCACGCAUUGAACGAGUCUACACCUUCCCGAUAUUUGCGGUAUUCAUCUUCACGGGUCCAUUGGUGGCACCAACACCAGGAGCAUUCGCUGUCAGUUCUGACGCGGUAAGCUGGCGCUGGGUAGACUGGAUGACCAUAAUCUUCGCAGGAGUCCUCCUGAUACCGGUUGUGCUCUUCUUGCCCGAGACGUACAGCCCGAUCCUGCUGUACUGGAAAGCAAAAGAGCUCCGCCGCCUAACAGGCGACGACCGCUACCGGUCUCCUAUAGAGUUCAGAAAAUCCACGUUCGCCCAACAACCAAUUAUCAUGAUCCACUCGAUCUACGUCGCCCUCCUCUUCAUGAUACUCCCGGCCGCUACCGACGUCGCAUUCCUGGCCAUUGAGGUCGGGGUCCUUCUUUCUAUACUGGCAGUACCCAUUUCAAUGUGGCUGGUCCGUAGAGACAUCUACCACAGCCGUGCGAAUGGCGAACAGCGCCCGGAUCCGGAGAUCAGUCUGUACAUGGGUAUGUUCGGUGCGCCUGCUGUCCCAAUAUCGCUAUUCUGGAUGGGCUGGACGGCCAAACAUGGAGUCUCGUACUGGAGCCCGCUCGUCGCUUCGGGGUUCUUUGGAUUCGGGUCGUUGUGUAUCUUCGUCUCGGCGUACCAGUACGUCGCUGAUUCGUACGAGUCAUAUUCUGCAAGUGCGCUUGCCUCCCUUCAGAUGCUGCGGCUCGUUGCUGCUGGCGCUAUGGCUAUAGUUGCGGAGAUUAUGUAUAAGGAGCUUGGCAUUGAAUGGACGUUGACUCUCUGGGGUGGGGUUUCGUUGUUUUUUUUGCCUGUGCCUUACUUGCUCUACUGGAAGGGGUAUAAAAUCCGUGCACAGAGUCGCUAUGCACGCAGAAGUGAACGGAGUUGA